AAGGUUGUGUAAAUGAGGAAGAAAGACACUUGCUUUAUCUCGUGGCAAGGAGGAGAUUGACGCUACCACACAGAAAGGAAGAUAGAGAAGGAAGACAAGAGAGCGAGAUUGAGAGAGGCAAAGAUUGUGCGUGGAGAAGAGUGCAAAGGAGGAGAGGAAGGGAGGAGGGAGUGUGUGAGAGCGAGAGAGGGAGAGAGGGCAUAGGAAGAGCAGAGCGCAGAGCAGGUUCUUUUGCAGGCACAACCUUACUGUCAGCCCCAGCAGAAAUGGCCAACUUUGCAGGCACCUGGAAAAUGAAGAGCAGUGAGAAUUUUGAUGAACUUCUCAAAGCACUUGGCGUGAACACCAUGCUGAGGAAGGUGGCUGGGGCGGCUGCCUCCAAGCCCCAUGUGGAGAUCCGCCAGGACGGGGAGCAGUUCUACAUCAAGACCUCCACCACCGUCCGCACCACCGAGAUCAACUUCCACAUCGGCCAGGAGUUCGACGAGGAGACAGUGGACGGCAGGAAAUGCAAGAGUCUUGCAAUCUGGGAAGCGGAGAACAAGAUGGUGUGCAUGCAGAAGCUGGUGGAUGGAGACGGGCCCAAGACAUACUGGACAAGAGAACUGCUAGGAGACGAGCUGAUACUGACGUUCGGGGCUGACGACGUGGUAUGCACACGGAUUUACUUACGAGAAUGACGCUUCUCCAAGGCCAACCUGGACAAGGCAGAAAAAACAGAAAAUAGAACCAGUCAGAUAUGUUACAACACUCCUUAACCCCCCAUUCCCCUGCCAUGCUGAAACAUGUAGUAUAUAUAGUAUAUCAUAUGUAAUCCAGCAGCAUUGGCUGCAUAGUCUUCAUAAAACCUUGCCAUAAUAUGGUCAUUUGUGGUCUGGUAAUGUGUGUUACAGUUCUGCAAUAACUGUGAUUCUCAGUGUCUGGUCGAUAUCUACAAGUUGUAUCUUCUUUUUGUUUGUUAGAUAUGAGUAUGUCAAUAUUGCAAACAAGAAU